AUGAAACUUCUCAUCCAGAGCCUACCGCUUGGCUGCUACUUUAACAUCUACCUAUUUGGUUCAGUUUUUGUAAGGUUUUUUCAUGAAAGUGUGGAGAAUAACAAGAAGAUGAUGGACUUAGCCAUAAAGAACCUAAUUAAAGUUGAAAAAUACAACGGGGGAUCAGAGAUUUUGCCUGCCUUGCGUGACAUCUACAAGAAGACCUGCAGACCUGGAUACCCCAGACAGUUAUUUAUAUUUACAGAUGGAGAAGUUGAAGAUACAAAGUCUGUCAUUGAUGAAGUGAAGAAAAAUGCUGCCACCCACAGAUGCUUCACUUUUGGAAUUGGAGAAGGUGCCUCUACAGCUCUAGUCAAAGGCAUAGCAGAAGCAUCGUCAGGUCAUUUCCAGUUCAUUUUAGGGGAAGACAGUCUGCAGUCAAAGGCAAUGCAGAGUCUGGAAUUUGCCUUACAGCCAGCUGUAACCCAAAUUGUCCUCAGAUGGGAUGUUCCAGCUGGUGUGGAGGUGGUCCCUGUGUCUGAAGCUCCAGUCACCUUAUUUCACAAUCAGAGAUCAGUCUUCUAUGCACAAUUGAAAGGAAAGUUUGAAGAUGACGCCGUGGGAUGCGUUUCUCUGCAGUAUAACAUAUGUGAUGAGCAAAUCACAACCAAAAUCAACUUCAAGCUUCAACCUGAAGACAACUGCAGGCUAAUGGCUCACAGACUGGCUGGAAAAUCAUUGAUCACACAUUUGGAAGCAGAAGAUAGGCUGAACCAUAACAAUAAAAAUGAGCAGAGAAUCAUCAGCAUUAGCACCGAGGCAGGAGUCAUCUCAGCUUACACGGCUUUUGUCACUGUCAGGAAAGACAGUAAUGUGGCAGUUCAGGGGCCCAUGAUUUCUAUACUAAUUCCUGGGGCUCACUUUCAGAGAAGCAUUUGGGAUGAAAGAGAUAUAUGUCAUUGUUCACAACCAGCCAAACCCAAGGAUCCUGGGACUACUCUGUACUUUACUAACGAUAUCCUGGAUGAAAUGGAGCAAACUCAGAGUUGUGACUUAACAUCCAAUGCAGACAGCAACAAUAAACAAGUAGAGACUGGACAAAGGAAUUCAAUCACCUCAUCAAGUGGCGUAGUCGGCAGGAUGCAGCUUUCCCAGAGGAAACAGGGAAGGAACCUCAAAUAUACUCAGGUAGGAGAGUACCGGGGCCAUGGUUCCGGGUGGGUGGCGUGCUCAGUGGUCCGGAGUGGCACGGGGCAGGCUUUGCUCCCACCAAGGGAACAAGAGCCCCUAAUCCUACACAGGGAGAAUGUGGAGGAGACCCACCAACAUGGGCUGGUUCUUGGGGGGAAAACGAAAAGGGCCUACUAUGUUCUCUCAGAGGAGAGGACUGGGCCGCCCGUUGGGACCACGGUCCUGGAGACAAAAGGGCUAACCCCAGAACAGCAGCCUGUUCCGAUGUCCCUGGGGCGCGGGGUGGGCCGCUCGCACAGGAGCAUGGGGGAAUGCCUAGUAAUAGAAGGAACGAAUCCCUCUCGGGCUGUUUCCACGCCGUGUAUCCUGCCAGGGGAAAGAGAUACGGAAGACUCUGAGGAGGACGGGGAGCUUCCUGGGCCGUCGCACAUAGACACGUCAUCAACCCGGGCCUCGACGAGCCGGGACGACUCCCCGCCCCUUGAGAGUAGUCAGAUAAUGGGCCAUUCCCAGCCUCUCGAGGAGUUUGUCUACUCAGGACAUAGGAUAGGCAUCGAACUUGGAGACCUGAUUGAGAUGCCUAAAGUCGUUACAGAAUCUCCACAAGCCGUCCGGCUUAGAUACGAGAAUGAAAGGACUGGACCAGAGGCUAUUGCUUUCUUCGAUGAUGUCCAUAUCCAACAUACGUUGUAG